AUGGAGAAACUGGGUUCAACUUCUGCUUUCUUUGAGCAACAGCUUCAGAAGCAAGAUGGCGUGAGAAACACCAGAAAGGACUUGGUUCAGCAGAGUCUCAUCUCAUCAGAGAAAUGGCUCCAGAUGCAUGGGCUUAAGAGCAACAAACUGACCUUGAAACAAAUUUUAUCACAAAUUGGAUUCAAACACUGUGAAGAUUAUGUGUAUUCUCUGGGGAGACUCGUGGCUUCUCGUUAUGCUGAUGGCCUGUUUCCACAGUUUUGCAGAGCAGAAAACGGCCAAGUAUACAAUUUGACAGCUAAAUCGGAACUGAUCCAUCAGUUUGUGGAAUAUUUAACGCAAGCAGUGGAGAGCUACAGGCAGCGUCUGGACUGGCUCACUAGCCAAAGCCGACAGGUUUUCGGUGUCAUUUUGGAACAGUGCAUAACCAUCGUGCUGGAUUUGGGUGAUAUGUUGGAGCAGGAACUCAGUCUGUGCCAAGAUGCUCUGACAAUGGUCCUUAAGGAGCAGGUGGCUCACAUACACAAGUUCAACAUCAUACGGGUUUCUCAAGAACCUGUGAAAUGGCAGGAAAAUGCUGUGGAAGUGACAGAAGGAUCAAUAACUGCUGCCAUCAGCUGGCUUCAGAAACUGACUGUUGAUGUGACUGUGAGCCAGAGUUGCUGCCUGGAUGCUCUCCUGGAAGCCGGGAAGGACAAAACUAUUGAAUCUAUUUACUACUUUGUUGUGGGGGAUAUUCCUGAGGAAUCCAAGGAGCUUCUCCUUCAGAUGACUGUGGAGCUCUCGUAUCCCAUCUGCACAGUGUCCUUCAAUGCCAGAGGAGAAGGCACCAUAGCUUUUCUAAAGGAUCUGAGUGCCAAAAGCCACAGAAGAUUUCAUGCAUUUGCUGAGAGAACAGAGUUUGUGAAAUUACCUGCUUUGACCAUGAAGGAUGAGAAAAGUGCAAUGGCUUGGAAUUCAAGGAAACUGAAAGGAAAACUCCCUGCAGGAGCCGGGGUCAGAGAGGAUGUGUUCCUCAUUUGGAAGGAGAUGGAAGAAGCAGACAGCACGCUGGCCCAGCUCCGGAGGCUGGUGUCCUAUGAAGAUGAAGUUGUAUGCGAAGCAAGAUCAGGAGUGACUUCUGUGGAGAAUUCGUCAAAUCCAGAGGACAUUUGGGACUCUAAGAAGUGGCUACAGAAAUAUGGAUUGAAAGCCCAGAAACUGUCAUUUUAUGAUGUUCUUGCUGAUUGUUCCUUCCGCCAUGUUGAUGGAGUUGUUGAUAUAAAAGCUAAACCAGAGAAUGAGUCUGUGAAGACCAGUGCAGAAACAAUCCAGAAGACAAUCCAUGCAAAAUAUUGUAGCAGAUUUGUCCACACUCCCUGGAAAGAUGGGAGCUUGGUCCAUGUCCAUGUUACUAAGGAGAAGUACAAGUGGUACAAUGAAAGAAUUAAUCUAGUUCUCAGCCAGAUUGAAAGGAGAAUUAAAUGGCUACAAGAUGGGAGUCAAAUGCUCUUUGGAAAAGUGCUUCAUGACUGCGUCUAUGUCCUCAUUGAUACAUCUCACUCAAUGAAGAGCAAACUGGAUUUGAUUAAGGAUAAGAUAAUUCAGCUUAUACAGGAACAACUGAAAUAUAAAAGUAAAUUCAAUUUUGUGACAUUUGAUGCUCAAGCAGUUCCUUGGUGUGAAAAACUUUCUGAAAUUAAUGAAGUUAAUCUGAAAAAGGCUGAAUCUUGGAUUAGAGACAUUGAGGUUGGAAGCUCCACAAACAUUCUGAGUGCCCUGCAAAUUGCUUUUGCUGAUGAAGAAACACAAGUAAUCUACCUUCUAACAGAUGGAAGACCUGAUCAGGUACCUGAGGUGAUUCUAGACCAAAUCAAGAUUUUUAAGUCAAUACCUGUUUAUACCAUCUCUUUUAAUUACAACGAUGAGAUUGCAAAUGAAUUUUUGAAAGAGCUUGCUUGUUUGACAGGAGGAGAGCUCCAUUUUUAUAAUUUUACUUCCAACAAUACCUAUCCUCCAGAGACUGUUAAGGAUGAAGAUCUAACUCUUUUGCUUAAAGAAAUGGAGCAGGGGCGACGGGACCUGGAGAAAAUGCAGGACCUUUAUUCUGAGUCUUUAAUCAUGGACUGGUGGUACAAUGGCGAGAAGGAAGGAAACAAUGACAAGCACCGAAAAGAAAUCUUUUCUAUGAUCUCAACUGCUGAAAAAUAUACAAAACCUCAACCUUAUGCUGAAACAACUAUAACGUCCCCAUCUGCGUCAAAAGUACAAUGGGGCCUUCCAAGCCAAGUAAUUCCAAAAAAGAAGGUCCUCCACGCAGCACCCACAAAAACUAGCCUGCUCAGAAGCCAAAUGUCCUCCCUCAAGAGCUCAGCCUCUAGUGAAAGAAAGGAUGGCCUCUCCAACUACAGCAACUGGAGUGUUGCUUCCAGUGCCCAAGAAAUGAGCAUCAGCCUGCUAACAGAUGAGCAUUCAAAUGACAGAUCGUUAGAAGUCACAACUCAAGAAGAGAGCCAAGUUUAUGACCAAGAUUCUUCAGAUAUGUCUUCUGAAAACUGGCUAAAGACCAAUGGCUUAGUGGCCAAGAAACUCACCAUCAUGAAUGUCUUGUCAGUGGCAGCUGUCCCUCACAAUGCCAUCUACGUUCCAGUCCUGAACAAGCAUAUUGUCUCCAAAGUCUUUGAUGAGGUGUUCCCUAUGGCACAUACGUGCAAUGACACAAACAAGAUGAAGCUAAUUAACCCCCAAGGACUGAAGCUCAAUAUUUACAAGCAGAAAGUCGAACAAGCAAUUAAAUCUUAUGAAAAGCGCUUGAAUAAAAUUGUUUGGCAAGCACUAUCUCAAGAGGAAAAAGAAAAGUUAGAUGCAAACAAACCAAUAAAGUACUUGGAAAACAAGGCAACUUUAAAUGAGGCACUAGAACGGUUGAAUUGGCCCAUCUCGUUGAAAGAGUUGUCAUUGCUGGAAAAUGAAAUCUUAGCUGGGAAACACUACAUUCAGCAGGCCAUGGAACUCCAGGAGGCUACCAAGAAAGAGAACUAUGUGAGCAGGAAAUCACAAGGAAGUAGUACAAUAAAGAAAAUAAAAUCUAAAAGAGUGGAUCCUCUUAAAGGCCAGAAGGUUAUUGCAAGAUGUGAUGAAAAUGGCUUUUAUUUUCCAGGCGUUGUGAAGAAGUGUGUGAGUCCUACCCAUGCACUGGUGGGCUUCAAGUAUGGAGACACCAAAGUCGUGCCCACCUCGUUCAUCACACCUAUUGGAGGCGCCAUGCCCUGCCCCAUGCUCCAGGUUGGAGAUUAUGUAUUUGCCAAAAUUGUGAUACCCAAAGGAUUUGACUUCUAUGUCCCUGCUAUUGUCAUAGCACUUCCAAAUCAGGAUGUGCCAGAAGAUAAAUUCUACACAGUUUUGAAGUGCAACAACCGGAAAGAAUUUUGCCCCCGGAGUGCACUUAUUAAGAUCAGCCAAAACAAGUAUGCUCUCUCUUGUUCUCAUAUAAACUCACCUCCAAUAUCAGAGUCUCCAAAAAUGCAGGACCUAGAAAAGAAUUCUACUCUCAGAAUAUGGCCAAUGAAAGAAGUUGACACUGAAGAUUUAAAAGAGGUAAAAAAGAACCAUAGAAGGAAGAAGAAGACCUCUACUAAGAGGCUGGAUCUCCUGGACAGAAUGUGCCCAGAGUUAGAAAACUCUACCUGUGACUCCCGAGAGUCCUACCACAAGAAACACACCACGCCUGUGUUGGGAGGAAAAAGACAUCGUACAUCUCUGGAAUGUCCUGACAUCUCUUUUGAGACUAGUGCACGUGAGAACAGCCCCCAAUUUCCAAGACUGUUUAGGACCCAUUACAAGGACUCCAGUACCUUUAAGUAA